GUCCUUCUGGGGAUCGCGUUUCCACUUCCGAUGUUUAGUGGACGUCCGAACGCCCGGACUCCGGGUCCAGGCAAGCGGUUCGAGGGUCCUCUGGGGACGUUGCGCGGCCGCGGAGAAGGGGCCGCGGGCCCCGGCCCCCAGAGUCGCAGGGCCUUGGAGGGUGCGCGCGGCCGCCGCUUAAGACCCUGGCCACCCUCGCCGGUGGGCGUGGCCGGACCGACACCCAGGGUCCCGCAGCCUCCGCCCCGGCCCCGCGGCCCCGCGGGCGAGGUGUGGCCCUCGUGCUGGCGGCGCCCUCCUUCGCGCCGCCCACCGGACUCAGCGGCGACGACCUGGCCUUGUAGCCGCCGAGGCGACCCCGUCCCCAGGGCCCGCGUUUACCCCAUAAGGCUUCCAGAGAAGGUCUCCCGAGGAGGAGAGUACCCUUACAGUGCAAUGGGAACUGAGCUGAGACUGCAGAGGUUUCAUCCGGACUUUACAAUCUGCGAAGCCCUAGGACACGCGGGACGGGUCCUGUGAGUUCCCGGUGGAAGACGGCAGCAGUGAGUUUCGCCAGUUCACUACCACGCGGAGGGGUUUCCCAGUGAACCCCAUGCAAUGCGUACUUUUUACAGUGCCGGGAUCUUGAUUUGAAACUAGUCACCCAUUACCUUGCUCAAGAGUGUUCUGGCUACCUCGGUGCGCGGCCCGAGCGGGGCGCUGCGGGCUUUAGUUUUUAGCUCUCCUCCAGCUCCAGCCCUUAACCCUGGCUUCAAAGCUUCUGACAGGCAAGCAGGCGGCUUUUGGAAGCUGUUCACUUGGAGACCCCUCAAGAUAAAAACAAUAAAGUGAUAACUGGGACUCCAUGAAAUUCACCUCUAUAUGAAAGUUGCAAUAGAUGACAAUCAAAUUAUGCAUUGCAAAACUGAAGAGGCACAUAGCAGAAAUACCUGUUCUUAUUCUCUUAUUCUCAAGUACAGAGAGUAAGUAAGAGUUGGGUUUCAGGGCACCGAUCCUAAGAGCCGAAGCUGAUGCAAGUAUAUUAGCCCUUUAAAUAAGUGAAUUCCAAGUGAAUCCUGUGAGUGGGAUGGUCAAAAGGUGAGCCGUUUUCAUCGAGUUAUCACAGACUCAGCCCCAGGGCGGAGAGUCGGAGAGACUCUGUCACAGCACCAAACCCUGCUGAGGGGCGUGUGAGCCCCUCCCCUCCUGUUCAGCCCCGAAUCCCCCCCCACCCCGCU